AAGUAAAAUGUUUAAUUUAAUUUGUUAUCAGUUAAUUGUGAUCUCAAUUUGAUCAUCAUCAUAAUCAUCCUCUUGUAUAAUUAAGGUAACAGUUAAAAUCUUAGACGAUGAUUAAAAGAGUUGGUUGAUUAAGUGAGAAACAAUUUUUUUUAUCAUCAUUUUAAUCAUCUACUUGAUCAUCAUCAUCAUCAUCUUGAUUAUUAUCAAUAUUAUAUUGAUCUAGAUGUCGCCCUUGAGUAAAUUGUUCAAACUUGAUUCUGAUUCUUGUUUCAUUUUUGAUCAUUGAUUGUUAAUCUUGUUUGAUUGUAAUUCAUUUACUAUUUAUUUAGUUUGUAUUCAGUUUAAUUGUAUUUACCCAAUUUUGUAGGCGUCAACUUAAAUUGUUAACAAUCAACCAAUCAUCAGAAACUAAUAAUAAUAAUAAUCAUCAUCAUCAUGAUAAUAACAGGUUACUUAUUUUUGCCACAGUUAAAUUGAAACCUUUGAUUGUAACCUUAAUUGUUUACUAUCAUCAACAUACAACAAUUUAAAUUGUAAUUUGAUAUCUGAUCAAUUGUUUUAUUUUUUUUUCUCAUAAUCAAUUUUACUUAUAAUGUCACAACUAAUCACCAUUGACUUUGAUUUGUGUUAAUUGUGUUCAAUCAAGUUUUUUUUUCAAACUGAUAAUUAAGUUGAUCAUUUGAUUGUUUUCAAAUUUACUUUCUCAAUUACUGACUAAUUAUGACCACAACAAUUAAAGAGCCAGUUAAAUCACCUUUAAAUCAAACUGAAUCAAGUGUUAAUCAUCGGACUUGUAAUAAUAAUAACGGUAAUUCAACUAAUUCAAGUUUUUGUAUUGACGCUUUAUUGGCUAAAACUGAUAAUCAACUUAAUCACUCAAGUAAUAAUCUUAAUCAUUCAUCAUCGAUUCGUAGUCCUCAAUCAACUGAAUCUCUUAAUGAUUCUGAUUCCCUUGCAUCUCAUGAGUCUCACCAUGAAUCUUAUUAUGAAGUUAAUUCACCUAAUGAAGAGAUAUCUUCACCUUCAUCACCCACCGGAGGAGCAAGUCGAGUGGGAACAGUUUCACCCACCUCAGGUUAUUCAGCUGCAGGAGGUAAUUUAUUAAAUUCAAUGGGUGUUAAUGGUGAUACAAGUGACCAAGGAGGUGGUGGUGGUGGUAGUUUAUCUGUUGGAGUUGAUGGAGGGAGUGAAGGUUCACCAAUUUGGUCACCUAGACCUUCAUCAAUACCUGGACCACUUGGACUUCAUUUACCACCUCAUCAUCCUCAUCUUCCUCAUCAUCAUCCCUCCUCUCAUCAUGGACCUACAACAACAACCACUAGUCACAAUUCAUCAUCAUCUUCAACCACACCAACCUCAACUUCAUCAUCUAAUUCAGCUCAUCAUGGUCACCAUGGUCAUCACCAUCAUCAUCAUCCAUCUCACCCUCCACCUCCGCAUCCUCAUCAUUUACCUUUAUUUGCAUCUUCAAUGACCAACCACCCUCUUUAUGCAGCGAUGUAUGCAAACCUUGGCAGUGGCGGAGGAACCGGAGGUAAUGGUGGACCCACUGGUGGACAAAAUGCUGGCUCUCCAUCAGAGUCAAUAGGCUCACCCACUAAUCCACACCACCCACACCACCCUCACCAUGGUUUAACCUCCCUAAUGACCGGAAGUGCAUUUCAUUCAUUACAUGAUAUCAAAAAUCACCAAGGUGGACCAGGAUCACUACCGAUUGACUGGUUAGCCAGAGCGGGUUUACUUUACCACCGACCUCCAGGAGGAAACGGAAGUGGUGUAUUGGGAGGUAAAACUCGUCGCCCUCGAACAGCAUUUACAAGUCAACAAUUAUUAGAACUCGAGAAUCAAUUUCGUACUAAUAAAUAUCUAUCACGUCCAAAACGAUUUGAAGUUGCAACCAAUUUAAUGUUAACAGAGACACAGGUUAAGAUUUGGUUUCAAAAUCGUCGGAUGAAAUGGAAACGAAGUAAAAAAGCUCAACAAGAAUCAGCUAAAUUAAAAGGAAACGGAAAUUUAUCUUCCUCAUCUUCAUCCUCUUCCCAUUCUCAUUCAUCAUCAUCAUCAUCUUCAUCUUCAGCAUCUUCAUCGCCUUUAUCAUCAUCAUCUAAACACAAUAAAACCCACGAUAAGGAUAAUAAUAAUAUUGAAAAUUCAUCAACUAAUUGUGGGUCAACUGUAACUUCUGGUGGAGGGUCAAAUGGUGGUGCUGGUGGUGGUGUUAAUGGAGGUGGUGGUGGUCAUCAUGGUCAUCAGAAAAUCAAAUCAAAUGGAAUCAAAGGAAAUGUUGAUCAAAUUAAUAGAAACAAUUUACAAUCAAUGGUUUCACCUCCAUCAUCAGCGGAGGCUACAAACCCACCGGUGGAUUCUGGUUCAUCACCUUUACCUCAUCAUCUUAUCCUUCAUCCUCAACUUCAUCUUCAUCAUCCUCAUCUUUCACCAUCAACAUCACCAACAACAAUUAACCAACAAUCAAUUUGCAGCUCAGUUAAAUCAACCAACAAUUGGCCAACAAUUAAUCUUAAUCGUCACAUAAGUGAUUGCAAUCGAAAUGCUAGUUUACUUAAUCAACUUAAUCACAAUAAAUCAGAUCCUUUUUACCGGCCUUAUGUAUCUUAAUCAUCAUCCUCAUCACAACAACAAUUAACUCUAAUUGUCUGAGACAACAAUUUAUCAUUUCAUUUGCAACAAUCAAUAAUAACAAAAUAAUAUCCAAUCAAUAGGAAUCAAAAUUAUCCAUGAAAAUCAAUUUGAUUUUUUUUUCUGAUCUCAAUUUCAAUUGUAUCAUUUUCAAAAAUUAUAAACAAUUAAACUCAUUGAUUUAAUUGGUAAUCAUUAUAAAUCUUAUUGUGUACACAAAAGGCUGAACAAUUAAGUCGCAAUUUGAUGAAAUAAAGUCGACAAUUAAAAACGA